UCAGGGUCGUGUGUUGGCGCUGUGCCAUCUUUGAACGAGCGGCAGGCCGCGGGCCUCUGACUGCAAGAGACCGGUGAGUCUCACACGAGACAACGGAGGACACGAGACCGGAGAACUCAGCGCCGAAACACGGGGAGGACCUCGCGCUACCGGCCCCGCGGCUCUACACGCAUCACAGGUGACGGUUAGCGGCGGAGCAGAGUGAGAAGACCCGCCGCAGAGGAGCGAGAGUACGGCGGGGGCCAGGCGUGUUCAGGAGGCUGUGCGGACCUGUGACUGGCGCUAAGCUAACACAGCUAGUUAGCUUAGCUAGCGUAGCUUUUGUAAUCCUCCGCCGGCCACACACACACAGAGACGGAGACACAUAGACACCCAUAUAUAUACACAAACACACACACAGAGGACCGAGGCCGAGCGGAGCGGCCGGGGGAUCCGGGCACAGCGGCGGAGCUUCUCCUUCAGCUAACGUUAACUAACUACAUUAUCCAGAAAGAGACGGGACCGGCAGAGACAGGAGGCUGGUUCUAAGGGGUGAGGCCGGAGGACCAGACUCAAUGAGUUUCAAGCGAAAUGUCCGAGAAGUCAGGGCAGAGCACCAAGGCAAAGGAUGGCAAGACCAAGUAUGCAACCCUUAGCCUCUUCAACACUUACAAGGGCAAGUCUCUGGAGACCCAGAAAACUGCAGUUGCUGCCAGACAUGGGCUCCAAAGUUUGGGCAAAGUCGCGGUCAGCCGGCGUAUGCCACCUCCGGCCAACCUGCCCAGCCUGAAGGCUGAGAACAAAGGCAACGACCCCAACGUCAGCAUUGUUCCCAAGGACGGCAGUGGUUGGGCCUCCAAACAGGACCAGCCCGGAGAGGAAAGGCAACAGGAGACCCCUCCUCCACCACCACCACCACCAAAGCCCCCUGUUCCUCAAGUGACUGAAGCCCCUCUAGGCGCCAGUCGUUCUUGGGCCAACAACAAGCAGCCUGGACCACCCGAUGGAGGUCCACGAAUAAACAGCCAGUUCCACCAAGAGUUUCCCAGUCUACAGGCAGCAGGUGAGGCAGAGAAAUCGCCUGACCAAGAUGAAGAGCCCUAUGGACCAGGACCCAGCCUCAGACCUCAGAAUGUGGGCAGCUGGAGGGAGGGUGGGGGUAGAAAUCUGAAUGUGGCUCCUGGCCCCUCAGAGAUGGACAGCAAGGCUUCUGAAGAGGCGGGGGUGGGCCGAGGCACUCCCUCCCCCACAGGGGACUCUGAUGAGACCGGAAAACCUGCUGCUGCCGAAAAAAGAGAGACCAGAGACAGACUUUCUGCUCCUACCUCCCAGCACAAAGUUAACGGUGGACAGCAACCACCUGGAGGUGUAGCCUCUCAGUUCCAUGCCCAAUUUAGGAACAUGAUGCCACCUUAUAUGUUCCCUCCAUAUUCUCGAAUGCCAUAUCCACCUGUGCAAGGAAACUUUAGAUUCUCUGGCCAGCAAGAAGGAUCCAAGGGUCCACGGGGUGGCAGGCCUUCCCAGGCUCCACCUCAGGCUUGGCUGCAGGAUCCAGACCGUCCCUCCAUUGUUAGUGCUUCUGAACUGAAAGAGCUUGACAAUCUGGACACUGAUGCUGAUGAGGGCUGGGCUGGUGCCCAAAUGGAAGUUGACUAUACAGAGAAACUGAACUUUAGUGACGAUGAGGAAAAUCAUUCAGCAAAAGAGAAAGGAGACAAUUGGGAGUGGAUGAGCAAGGUGGACCGCAUGCGAUCACGCAACACUGAUCCCCAGGAAGGGUGGAAAGAGGGCGGAGAAGAAAAGGCAGAGCUCAAGAGCUCAUGGGCAGACAGUGGGGACCCUAGAGCUCCCUCUCCAGGCAGUAUGACUCAGUACAACAAAACAGGACCAUCCUCAGACUACCAGGGUCAGGCAGCAGGACGAUCUUUAGGAACUGGUACUGCUCGUGUAGUAAAGCCACCCAGCACAGCUGCUGCUGAGGAUGAGUCUGAGGCAUGGAGACAGAAACGGAAGAAGCAGUCGGAGCUUUCUGAAGCUGUGGAACGUGCUCGGAGACGGCGUGAGGAAGAAGAGAGACGCAUGGAGGAGCAGAGACUGGCCGCUUGCGCUGAAAAACUCAAGCGCCUCAAUGAGAAACUAAGACCUGCUGCCCCAGUGGAGAUUACCAAACCGGCUACACCAGUUCAAAGUGCAGAGCCAGAAGAGACUGAACCAGUGCCUAACCUGACUUCUGAAACCCCAAUUUCUCAGGCAGCUCCUCCACCACACACCCAUCCAUCUAUACCCACGCCUUCUCAUGAUAGGCCAGAGCCAAGUGUGGAGGAAGAGCCACAGUUUGUUCCUAGGCAACCCAGCCCUCCCACCCACAGGACUGUUCAGGAACCACAAGGGGCUGAGGUAGAUGUUGCUGUAACUGAGGAGGUGCAAGUGGAGAGACAACCAAUGAGAGACUACUUUAGCACAGAGGAGGUUAGAGUUGAAGAGCCUCAGUUGUGUAUUCCUCGAGUGGAUCAUUCGAGUAACGAGGAGCCACCCCAUCCACAAUUGGAAAAUGAGGGAGAUGUAGGGACAAAUGUCCGCCCCUCUCUCACAUCAGGCUAUUCCAAGCAGUUCCAGAAAUCUCUGCCACCCCGUUUCCUUAGACAGCAGGAGCAGUUGAAGCAACAACAGUGGCAGCAGCAGCAACAGCAGCAGCAGCAGCAGCAACAACAGAGUGGUGGAGGCUCAGUGUCCCCCUCAGGAGGAUCAGUUCCCCCCCAGCAUCGGUCUCUCUAUCAGCCCCUGGGUCCUCACCACCAGCAUCUGGCCUCCAUGGGAUUUGACCCACGUUGGCUGAUGAUGCAGUCAUACAUGGACCCACGCAUGAUGUCUGGGCGCCCUCCUAUGGAUAUACCGCCUAUGCAUCCAGCUGGUAGAAUGCCUCCGAAGCAGCUGGUCCGAAGAGAGCCCACAGAUAACAGCAGUUCUGGGUCUGACUCCUUUGACCACCUGACCAGACCUAUCAGAGAGCAUGGAAUGCCCAGUGAGCCACGAAUGAUGUGGGGUUCUGAAACUUAUCCCCCAGCUGAGCCCUCUGCUACACCCCCUAAAUGUAGGGAGGACUGCAAGGAUCCAAGAAUGGAUGCUGGUUUGGAACUGGAGAGGGGACUGUCAGCGGUGUAUCCCCAGGAGCACAGCUCACUGGAUUCCAGGAGCAAGAGUGACUUUUUUAGGGACUCUUCUGAGCCCCUCUCUGCAUUCAGCCAUGCCUCAGAAGAGGUGCCAGGUCUUCUGCAGACAGACAGGACCACAGUCAUCCCUUCCUUUGAAGCUGAGGCGGCAACACUUUCUGGUGGAGAGGAGGUAGACUCAAUCGGACAAGCUGUUUUAAAAAGGACCAUUUCCCAAGGAUCUAGCCAUUCCCUCAAACUGGAAGAACCAAGGUUUGAAGGUGUUUCCAUAGCUCAAAAGACCAUUGAUCUCCCCAGUGCUACAGAACGGUUGGAAGACUCUUGUAGAAAGGAACCGUUUGGCCCAGGAUCUGCGAUUAGCAACCGGGCCACCCCACCUGCUGCUACAGAAAUCAUUCACAAACCAGAAAAGCUGCCACUACCUGCAUCCAGCAAGCAGAAAGCAGAGAUGCGCUGGGGCUCUCGCAGCUCCGGUGCAGGAAGAAGAGAUGGUGCUGGAGGGGAGCGACCAGCUAGGAGGUCUGGGCCGAUAAAGAAACCUGUUUUACGAGACAUGAAGGAGGAGCGGGAACAGAGGCGAGAGAAAGAGGAGCGCCACGAGCGAGGGGAGCGGCCCAAAAAAGAAGGGUCGUCUAUGAAGGCCCCUUUGUCUGCCGCAGCUGCGGUGUCUGACGGACAGAAGAUCUCCAGCGAGGAGCAAAAGCAGAGCACAGUCGAAGCAGAAGUUGGAGCAGCUACUGGCAGCAGCAAGGCAAGAGAGCCACAAGCAGCAGUUGGUGUGACUGGCAGCACGCAGGAGGAGAAACAAAUCAAACCUCCAUCCAGUGAAAAACGCUCUGAACCCAAACUUCCCUCUCGUAAAGAGUCCAAUCUGCCACCCAGAGCCUACCGCAGAGAAGAGAGGGAGAAGGAGAGAGAUAGAGAGCGUGAUCGGGAUAGGGAUAGAGAUAGAGAUAGAGAAAGAGAUGGUGAGAGGGAAAAUGAUUGGCCUUCUGAUGCAAACUUUAAAGGUCGAGGUCGAGGCGAGUACUACUCACGUGGCCGCAGUUACAGGGGCAGCUACAGUGGAAGAGGGCGGGGCAGCCGCGGUCGUAGUCGAGGGGAUUUUCCAUACCGAGAGCCACGCUCUCGCACCGACUUGCUUAGUGCUGCUGGGGCAACAGGCUUCCGCUGUCGGGAGGAGAGUGAGACUCGAAGUGAAAGCUCAGACUUUGAAGUCCUGCCUAAACGCAGGCGCAGGAGAGGCUCAGACACCGACUCGGAAAGUGAAGGCAGAGAGUCCGCCAGCGACACUGGAGCUUCUGACCGGGAACCUAGUGCCAAGCCCAGCAGACCCCUGCGCCGUGAUUUACCCGAAUCUCGCUCUGCCACCAAGUCUGCCUCAGGCUUCGGGCCUGGUCAUCUACCGGACAAGUCUAACUCUCGGGGUGAAGAUGAGGGCCGGCCUAAGCCUGGGUUUUUGCCAAAGGGUGAACCAUCGCGACGUGGUAGAGGCGGGCUAUACACUCGAAGAGGUGGUGGCAGAGAGCGUGGUGCCCCCAGAUCAGCUCCUCUGCGUCGGUCUGGUCCACGAGAGAGUCUGCCAUGGCCAUCCAAACCCAUGGAAACUUUCCGACCAGAAGAAGCAGAGACCUUCUCCCGCUUGGAUGGUGCACAGCCUGAACAACGCAUGCCUAAAUAUGAUAAUAAGAAAUUAAGGGAAGGGGGUCAAAAUGUGAGAGACAGACCUCGGAGGCCCAGACCAGCUAGACCUCCUAGGCAGGACAAACCACCACGGUUUAGGCGCCUUAAGGAACGGGAAGCAGCGGUUAUAGCAGGGGAAGGGCCUGCUCCAGCAGCAACAGAAGCACUGGCUGAUGCAGCACCUGCCUCAGUUCCUCCAACGUUGUCGAAGGCUCCAGGAACACCCAUUACCCUACUCGAAAAUGCUGCUGUUGCUAACACCGCACCCAUCCCUGCUGCCCCCACACCUCCUGAGCUCCCUGUUGCAGAGUCUGUACUGUCCGACACAGGAACCACUAGGGUGGUUGCUGCUGGCAGCAAAUCACCUGACCUGUCGAAUCAAAACUCUUCAGACCAGGCCAACGAGGAGUGGGAGACUGCCUCUGAGAGCAGUGACUUUAAUGAAAGAAGGGAGCGUGAAGAAAGGAAAGGUGCGCUGGAAGCAGCUGUUGCUGCUACAGCAUCCACUUUCUCUGCACCUCCUCAACCCACAGGAGCCCAGAGCAAGUCCCCCACUGAGGGAGGUGUAGCUCCGAAACGUGACGCAAUUCCUGCAGUAAAAAGGAGCUUUUCCAGCCAGAGGCCAGUGGACCGACAGAACCGCAGGGGCAACAGUGGAGCCAAAUCAGGCCGAGGGUAUCCAGGAGGCAAAGGCGAGCGCAGGGGCGGAUCAGGAGCAAAAUCUGGACGCAGAGGUGCUGCACCCCAAAGUGCAGAAGCCACACAGGCAAGUGCAGGUCAGAAGACUAAUAAAGACCCAGCAAGUGGGCGCCGCAAAGAGGAGGCCAAGCAAGCCGUGAAGAAACCUAAGGAGAAGGAGAACGCUCUCUCUCAGUUUGACCUUAACAACUAUGCUAGUGUGGUAAUCAUCGAUGACCAUCCAGAGGUCACAACGCUGGAGGACUCGCAGUCAAACACAAACGAUGAUGGCUUCACAGAGGUUGUCUCUCGGAAGCAGCAGAAACGGCUGCAGGAUGAGGAGAGAAGGAAGAAAGAAGAACAGACUGUACAGAACUGGAGUAAAAAGAAUUCUGGGGAAAAGGGCAGAAGUGGUGGUGGCUCUAAAUUGCCUCCUCGGUUUGCAAAAAAGCAGCAGCAGCAACAACAACAACAGCAGCAGCAGCAGCAACAUCAGCAGCAAGCGACAGCAAGCACCCAGCAACAGGCUCCAAAUUCAGUCCAUCAAACUCAGGCUGCUCCCCCUCAACCACCACAGCAGCCUCAGUCUCAUCCACAGCCAGCUGUCUCUGUAUCCCAGCACAACCUUCCUGCUCAGGCCCAGAGCACAAGCACCUCUCAGCCUCUAGAGGGUGCUGUGGCACCUUUGCCCCCUGCCAAUGUCGACUUCACUACCAAGACCCAGACUCACAGCACUCUGGGUACAGAGCUGUGGGAGAAGGUGGCUGGCUCCACAGUGCUCCCAGAUGUCAAGAAACUUGGACCCAUCAGCCCUCCUCAGCCACCCUCAGUCAGUGCUUGGAAUAAACCUCUGACGUCUUUCACUGGGACUGUGACUUCUGAAGGUGUGAAGUCUGGGAAUGAGACUGGUGUAGAUCUUGGCAUGGAGAGCAUCCAGUUUGGCGCGCCCUCUUCAGCGGGUAGCACAGACAGUGAUGGAGUUCCACCCCUGCUAGAAAAAGUGGCUGAUAAUAAAUUACCGGAACCAAAAGAACAGAGACAGAAACAACCUCGAGCUGGGCCAAUUAAACCACAAAAGCUGCCUGACAUUGCUGCUCCUGAGCAAAAGGAGUACAAGCCAGGCCCAAUUGGUAAGGAGCGUUCGCUGAAGAACCGGAAAGCCAAAGAUGGCCGCCAGUCAGAUGGAGAGGUUUUGGAGAAGGGUGGUCCUGGAAGCAGCCGGGAUAGAGAAUCUAGCUCACCUGUUAAAGACAAAGUUCCUGAACUUGGAGGCGAUAUUGAGGGCAUGAUCACGGUCCCCUCAGCAGAAUACUCAAGCAGCUCCAAGGAAUCUGUAACUGACUACACUACCCCAUCCUCAUCACUGGCGGACACUGUCCCCACCGGAGGAAGCAAGAUGGAAGAGAGCCUGGUUGCUAAUGUGGCCCUGCCUCACUCGCUGCCUCUGCCCCGUAGAGAAGCCCUGCAGCAGAGUACCAGCCUAAGCACUGUCUCUCCCGCUACAGUGGACCUCACUCUGAAGAUGGAAUCGGCUCGUAAGGCUUGGGAAAAUUCUCCCAGUCUGGGAGAGAAGAGCUCUCCUGUCACCUCCUCUGCCUCCCCGAUCACCAGUGGUGGAGGAGCAGGCAGUGCCUCUUACAGCUCCUUCUCCAGUGCCUCUGUGCCUCAGAUACCAGUGGCCUCGGUUACACCUAGCACCUCACUGUCAGGUUCAGCCACUUACACGACGUCAUCUCUGAGCACCAAGACCACAUCUGCAUCUGACCCUCCCAACAUCUGUAAGGUAAAGCCCCAACAGCUGCAGAGCUCUGGAAUGUCCAACAGCAACUUCUCCCAGCUAGGUUGUGUGCCCUCCUUGUUACCACAGCAGCAGCAGACACCACAGGUCUUCGUCUCCCAGUCUGCAGCAGGUUCUGCAGCCCAAAUCCCUGCAUUCUACAUGGACACCAGUCACCUGUUCAACACAGCUCACCCUCGCCUGGCUCCUCCUUCAAUCACCCAGCAGCAGGGCUUUCAGCCUGGUCUUUCACAGCCUACAGCAGUGCAACAGAUUCCGAUCCCCAUCUACGCCCCCAUACAGAGUCAGCCACAACAUCAACAUCAGCAUCAGCAUCAACAUCAUCAUCAGCAUCAGGCCCAGCUUGGCCUCAGCACUGGCCCUCCUGUCUCUCAACCACAAGACCUCUUCAGCUCCUCCAUUCAGCCGUACAGGUCUCAGCAGGCAUUUAUGCAGAACAACUUGUCUCAGCCCUCACCCAUGAUGUUGUCAGGAACUGCCCUGCAUAGCUACCCGGGUGUGCAGCCCCCAGAACUGGCAAAGCCCCAGUCAAGCCUGGCCUUCCAACAGACUUCUAACACCCAGCAUAUCCCCAUCUUAUUUGAGCCUCAGCUCAACCAGCCCUCUGGUCUAGGUGGCUCCCAGCUCAUUGAUACACACAUACUACAGCGCCAGGGAAUAAGUCAGCAUUCAAACCUGUACUCUGGACAAGUGCAGCAGCACACACAGAACAGCUACUACAGCUCAACACAGAGCCCCAGUUCUGCACUGCAACAGGUCACAGUUCCCAUGCCUGGCUCACAGUUGUCAUUGCCAAGCUUUGGCUCUGGUGGGGGGCAGCCUCUGCUGGCCCUGCCCCAGUCUUUGCCCCCGACACCUCCACAGGCCCAACCCAGCCUGAAUCGCCAGCCCCCGAACAACCAGCCCUAUCGUGGUCUGAUUGGCCAGAGUACACACAGCAUGAUGCAGCCCUCUAACAAGAUGUGCGAGAUGGACCUAAAGCUGUUUGGCAGUGGGAUGGAUGUGAAGCCUGGAACUCCUCCAGCAAGAAGCACUACCCCCACCUCAAGUCCUUACAGAGCAAGCUCUACAAGCCCCAGCAGCCAAUCAAGUAAGAUGAAUAGCAUGCUGUAUCCCAAACAAUUCCAGACUGGAUCACAAGGCAUGCGCAUCCCACAACAUUUCCCUGGACAGUUUAACCCUCAGAUGCUGUCUCAGCCCAACAUGGUGUCUCCACUGGUACGCCCCCCUCACACCAACUCCUUCCCUGGAGCAGUGCAGCGAACCCCUAUGGGUCCCCCUAUGUCUUCAAACAUGAGUGGCGGCCUGAUGCCUCACCCCAGACCACAGCACCCACCCCGUGUCCCUUCUGGACCUCCUCUCGCACCACGUGGCACACAGGCCGCUCUUAAAGCUGAGCAGGACCUUAAGGCAAAACAAAGAGCAGAGGUACUACAGUCUACUCACAAGUUCUUUUCUGAGCAGCAGCAACAGCAGCAGCUAAAGGCUCCAGUCUCUAAGGCAACUCGAAUGGAGGGAGCGGGCAAGCCUAUAGACAGCAUCGCUCCAAACCACCAGGGGGCUCCACCUGACCGUAUUGAACCUGACAAACCCACACCGCUCGCUACAGCCAAGCCUAUCCGGACCGGCCCAAUUAAGCCCCAGGCCAUCAAACCAGAGGAGAGCAAGUAAACCUCCCCACAUUCAGCAAGACAGACAGAAGAACAGAUGAAUGCAGUGACUUGACUGAAAAGAUCUGCUAGAGCAUAUGCAGACCUGCCGGAGAGUAGGAAGUGUGGAUUUAGGAGAGAAGGAUGGGGGGGAUACAGGAUGAACAAUAGCAUGAUUUACUGUGGUACUCGGUGUGCAUCACAUUUGCCAUGCAUUCAUCCUGCUCAACUCUUUUCCAGACCCUUCCAUCAUCCGCUCUUGUCCUCUCUGUUGUGGAGGGGUGAUUUGUUAACGUGUUGGCACCUCUAGUGUAGGUGGUUUUCUUUUUUUUUUUUUUUUUUUUUUCUUUCCCCACUUUUGAUUUUUGUUUUGUUUUCAAGAAACUUAGACGAAAGGCAAAAAUUGUUGCUGUACAUCCUUACUGUACAGUAAAAUUAUAGAGUAACAGGAAAGUUAAAUUUGCUGCUGAAAUGUGCGUUUUGUAUUUUACUAUGAUUUCCCCCCCUCUCACUUAUUCCUCCCACCCCUUUGUCCACAAACAGAAUCACGUGUGUCAGUGAGGGAAGGUUAUUUCUAUUCAACAGUUUAGUUUUUUCUCCUUUAUUUGGGGGGUUCAAGGAGCGAAUCUUUAUUUAAAAGAUGUUCUGGCACCUCUUUAUUUUUUUUUGAAGUUUUGCUAUCUCUGAGAAAGAGACAAAAAAUAUUCACGCCCAAUUCACUUACUUGUGCAGACACAGUCAUCUGUGCAUGGCCACUACUCACUUGCUCUCUCUUACUGUAGUCACACGAUUUCUUCUGACCAAGUGGUAUGCCAAAAAUAAGGACGGUUUAUAAAUCACAAAUGCUUCUUGUUUUGCAUUUUUUAUUUUUCCCCAAGAGAAGUAUGCUAUUAGAGCCACUGAUUUGAUUGAUUAUUGAUGGAUUUGAUUGAUUCAUUGAUUGCAGUCUCCACUUUGAGCCUUCUGUUCCUGCCUUCUGUUCUGUAGUUUUUCAGAUUGUGAGGGUUGCUGAUAAAGUGGAAGCGAACCAGUGUGUGUGUGUAUAUGUGUGUGAAACAUCUCAAACCUUUAGCUAAAGGUUUGGGAUUAAAAGAAGGCAGAGUUCAUCCUACGCAAUUUGACAGACGUCAGCUCAAACACCUCUGCUUGGUCUGCAGGUAGAAGUUAUGUUUUUCUUUCUUUUUUUUUCUCCUUUUUUUCUUUUAAUAGUUUACUCCAGAGCAGUCAUGACUGACCUCUAUUAGCUCAAGAACAUCCCCUCCACUUGACUAUGAAUACAAGUGGAGGAGUUUCAGAUGCUUCACUUUCUCUCCCAGCCAUGCUGCUGUUGAUGCUGUAGGACUCUGGCCUCUCUGACGGCCAAUUACAGCACAGGGAGGCCAGGAAUGGCCAGGUUUGGGCUGAGCAGCAGUGUUUGAUUUUAAUACAUAAGAAUAUAGCUGCAAGAUUUAACAAACGAUGGAAGUUCAUCACGCAAGCCGGCCUCAGCCUCUAAAGAGGAGCAGAAAGGGCAGAAAAGUUGAAAAUAAAAGUUGAACUGUAGUUCAGAAGCAAAAAGGACACAUUUUCUGUUGUGAUGACCACAGGCCUCAAUCAGCUUGGCCUUUACCCUCUCCAGUCCGUUCCUCUCAGGUUGCUAUGUCGUUUUCAGUGUGACCCACCCAAACAAGGAGCUAGCGAGAGAGGAAGGAAUGGAGAGAGGAAUGAUUUUUUUUUUCUUUCUUGUUUUCGUUUAUUUUUGUUUUACUUGUACAGGGGUUAAAUCGCUGUAAUAAAAUAUGUAAGGUCUUAUUUACAUUCUCUUGGUUUGGUUACAGAAACUAAUAAAAUAAUAUGCUGUUAAAAAAAUGAA